AUGGCGGACGAAAAAACGACUCCGAUGGCAGCUCUUAAGCAGACGCUCCUCUCACUGUCAGUAUCACUGUCGUACUACUGUAUAGGACUCGUCCGUGGUUACUCGGCGCCAGCCGUACCAUCCAUGCACGAAACAACUCCAGAUCUACUACCGAGCAAAAAUAUCGCCUCCUGGGUCAGUUCCAUACCUCCGUUCGGAGCGUUCUUCGGUAGCUUGGUAGCAUUUCCACUGAUGCAUCGAAUAGGGCGCAAGUACACGGUACUAAUAGCUUCACCGCUAUGGGUCACCUCCUGGAUACUGAUCGCUACGGCGAACGAUUGGCGCGUACUGUUCUUUGCCCGGAUGCUGUCAGGAUUCGGUGCCGGUCUGUCACUGCCCGCUGCCCAGGUUUACGUCAGCGAGUGCAGUGAUCCGAAGAUUCGUGGAGUGAUCGGUUCACUGCCCGCGUUAGCUAUGUCGUUUGGAAUUCUGGUGAUGUACAUCAUGGGCAAGUUCUUCCACUGGCGGCUGCUGGCUUGGAUAUGUUGCGGUAUGGCGUGCUGUCUCUUCCUAGCCGUAGCUUGCUUCCCACAGAGCCCCGUAUGGCUGAAGACGAGGAAGCAGUACGAGAAGGCCCACUAUUCCGCAAAAUGGUUACAUCUGCAAGGAUUCUCGAUCGAUCCAAAAGCGAGCACUGUAGUGGUAGAGAGCAAAGAAAAGCCACUACCUGCACCAACGCCAAAACCAUUCUCCAAGGAAGCACUGCUACGUCGGGAGAUCCUUAUCCCGCUCGGAAUAGGACUAGUACUGCUGUCUAUUCAGCAGCUUAGCGGGAUCGAUGCAGUAGUAUUCUUUACCGUGGAAAUAUUUCACGCAGCCGGUUCAUCAAUGGAUGGCCAUCUGGCAACGAUCAUUGUGGGUACGGUGCAAGUACUCAGCAAUGGAGCCGCCCUGUUCGUGGUAGAUCGUGCUGGUCGCAAGCCACUACUCAUCUUGUCCGGACUGAUCAUGUGCAUUGCGAUGGCAUCGAUGGGUGCCGCCUUCCAUCUUAACUCGAUCGGUAACACGUGCUUCGGGUAUCUGCCGGUGGUCAGCCUGAUCGUGUUCAUGAUCGGGUUUUCGAUCGGGUUCGGUAGUAUACCGUUUCUGCUGAUGGGUGAACUCUUCCCAACGGCACAACGAAGCUUACUCAGCUCACUAGCGGGAUCGUUCAACCUGGCCAUGAUGUUUACCGUCAUCAAAACGUACCACCCGUUGGAAGAUCUUAUUACCACAUCCGGAACAUUCCUCAUGUACAGUGUGCUCUGUGCACUGGGGGUGGUGUUCGUCAUUACCUGCGUACCGGAGACGAAAGGUCGUGAGCUGGAGAGCAUCCAGAAGCUGUUCGAACGACGACCACUGCAGCCUGUGCACCAGCAGGAACUGGGCACUGAUAAAGCGAGCCAUGACAAUCCCGUGUUCAGUGCUGCCGACGAGAUUGUGCCUCACCAUCACUCAAAGUCGAUCGACACUAAACUUUAG